AUGAACUUGCGAGCAGAGAGAAUUCAACAGCUGACUCCCUCCCACCAGUUCUGCGACGAAUGCAUCCUGAAGCUUUAUCGCCAACGUCUGCUGGACCCCUGGCUGCCCAACUGCUCCACGACACUGCCCUACACCACAUCCGCCUCGGCCUUAUUCAUCGGUGCUGCCGAGCCUACCGCCACCACCAUUUCUGGCGGCGUCACGGCCACGACGGACGGGCCGACGACCACACCGACCUGCGACGGCCAGGUCGUGGAGCCAAUAGAAAACCCGGGCGGCACGUUCCCCAAGCCCAACGCGACCGUCACGGCACCCGGCGCCACGGGGUCGCCGACCUACUACAAGCCAGCCACGCCGGCGCACCCGACCGAGUCCGGGACCAUCAGCGAGUGCGGCAAUUACUACCUCGUCGUGUCAGGCGAUGACUGCUUCACCCUGCAGGCGUACAACCCGCACCUGACCGACGACUGCCUCAACCUGUGGCUCAGCUAUGACGUCUGCGUCGCCCCCGUCACCCCCGGCUUUGGCGACUGCUGCUCGCCCUACGGCAUCUGCGGCAGCACUAGCGACUACUGCUCCGGCGACAACUGCUACAGCGGCGUCUGCACCCCCCGAUGUUGCUGGCGCUGCUGCUGCUGCUGCGCGGUACAGAACCCUAGAGCUAAUACUAAUUGAUGCUGCUGGGGGGGGAAAAUCCGUAAUCAAAUAAAUGAGAUACAAAAUGAACCAAACAGCAUUUGGGAACUGGUACUGUACCUCAGAGGAUAAUACGUAGGUAAUUAACUAAGGCGUUGACUGCAUAAUAGGAAAAGUGCGUAACAUGAUUGCAGUUGCUCGUCGUAGCCUCGAAUUCGGAUUCUGUCAGUAAAUUGGAUCGGGAAUUAUUUCCUCAUAGGGAAAGCACACACAGCAAGUGGGGUUGGCUGCUGGCAGCAGCUUACUCGUAAGAAAUCAACAGCAAAGGACCCCAUUGUAGUUCGACGAGGAAAGAGCACCUCAAGUGCAACAACUGGGCAGAGAAGCUGCGGCCUCCUCCUGCGUGCCCGAGAACUCAGACUUCGUUGCUUCCAGGAAGCAUCACCGGUUCUUCAUUGUCAUAGCUGCUGUGAACCAACCAUGGCGUUCAAUUGAUUUUGCCCUUCAAUCUUCUGCGUCUGCUGAGAAGGGUCCAAAACUGGUAGCUAUAAGGACAGAAAACCGCACCCUUUAAACAACAAAGAAGACCAGAAGCUGUCGUCAUUACUAUUUAGGAGGGCGAGAACGUGAAUCUGGACCUGGUUGUUAUUUAUUUUUUUGGGACCAAAUUGCUGACUUAGCAGAAGGUAAUCACGUACUAAGGACGUUUUCGGCAUAUUAAAACGGUCGACCUUAUAUCCGGUCAGUUUU